UUGUUUAAAACACGAUCAGGAUAUUAAAAUAUUAUGUGCUAUAGGUGUCCCAUCUUCCCCCACCCUACUAUAAUAUCAGUGUUUCAAUUAUUCCUAUUAAGUAACAAGAAAAUGUUUAAAAAAUAUAUUCGAAUUCCUCGUGCACUUUAAUGUAUUAGAAGCGGCUUGUGCGAUAAACAGCAAUACUCGAUUUGUUGUAGACUUCUGUAAAAAGCCUAAAACACUCGAGCUGAGUUUUGGUUACCUGUCUGGUAAUCUUAUCUUAAAAACGACUGUUUUUGGAUUUUGUUACUCUUGGCUUGUAAAUUCUUAAAAGAGGAUUUGUUAUGCAUCUCAGUGUACACCUUAAUUAUUUAUUUGUUGUAUAUAAUUAUUUGUCCGGCGCUGUGGCAUAUAUGGCGCGCUGACUCUAACCCAGAGACAAUAACUUCAAAGCUCGUCGCUGCCACCAUUGUGGGCGUAAGUGUCCUUCGGCAACUGCUCCAGCCGAGUGGUUCUUAAUGGGUUGUUUUAAAUGUUACCCAAACUUUGAAAAAAAUCCUUAAAAAGUAGGGCCGAUCACCCACAAAGUAACGUACAUGAUAACUUGUAAGCUGGCACGAGUUGUAUAAAACAGAACACUUGUGUUAUAACGACUGUGGUUUUCCGGCCACGCGAGGAUAAAGUAAGUUAUAUUCGUACGUACAUAGCACUAAGUGCGAACAAGCCCUCAUAUAUUGAGAUUUUCAUCUUUGCAUGAAAGCGUAAGUAAACUCGUAUUUCUAUUGUAAAUAUAAUUUACCCUUUGACUGUGUUAUAUAUGAAUUUCUUGUUUUAUUUUGAUUCUGAGUGAUAUAUAUUGAUCGCGGUUGUAGGCUACGUUCAAAACUAUAUGGUUCUUUGUAGUCUUACAUGCUUUUCUCAUCUCAUAACAGGCAUUUUUUUCUUUCUGGGCAACAUUUGCUAGUUAUGUAUAGCAUUGAACCACUUACCAGUUGGUAUUAGUGUGACCGGUAAAUUAUAGUAGGCUACGCUUCCUCUGUCUCAAAAUUACGGAUGAGGUUAUUCUACCAUUAAAACGAGUUUGCAGUCAAACUUAAAAGGGUGCUGUUGGGAGUGGGUUUACGGUUCAUAUGAUACGUGAAACUUUUGUUAAAGUCCUAUUGUUCCUUACUGCAAGGUUUGCAGUCGCGAGUCGAGCUAUAAUUUUAACCUGGGAAAUGCUACCAGUUCUACGUCCCUGUAAACUGUAGGCUAUACGCCAAUACUUGAUCGUUCAAACGGAAUUUAUUCGAGAUAAAUUGUACAAUUCCGCGUACCAAUGUGUACCGGUGUAAAUUUCACGCCUGUAGGCGAUAACGGUUCGAACCUAAGCCAACAUGUUGACAUAUAAGGCAGGUGAACUUAUAAGGAAAGUUGCAUAGCGUGAGUUGGUACCAUACAAGGUCUAUAUAUGGCAACCUUUGUUGAGAGCCGAUCUUCUAGUACCAUAUUAGUCGAGUGAGAAUGCGACUUUGCAGUAUAAAUGAGACGAAUCAGUUCAGGAAUAUCAUAAUCUAUAGGUCUUACCUUGAACGAUGGCUUACAAAUUUGUAUUUCUGUUUCUCAUUGCUUCGGUAUUUGUGGUAAGAGCUGAAUAUCUGGUUUGCAAAUCUAUCAAUGAAGUUUUCCAUUCAAGAGAUAUCAAUGCACCGCACAACUCAACAGGAAUACGAGGACCUCCUGGUCGACCUGGAAAAAGGGGAGCUCCUGGCACAAUUGGGAAUCCUGGUUCAGUAGGUCCACAGGCAGUAGUCGACUGGGACAGAAUUGAAACAAAAAUUCGUCAAUUGGUCGAAAACUAUACUAGAUGCUCAGGAUUGAUUUACCACGGUCGAUGUAUAAAGCUGAUCUACACAGCUGGCUACCCCACAACAAAACAAGAAUCGGAAAAUAUUUGCCGUUUCUACGACGGGCAACUGAUUGACAUCGAAAGUAAAGAAAAGUACGACCUUGUCUACAAUUACGUGAAAAAUGCCUGGAAUUCAAGGGUGGACACGGACCUUGAUUACGUGGAUGUGUGGCUGGCUUCCACAUACGAGUUUUCCAUACAGAACAACAUGGUGAGAAUGCGCAACGGGAGCAGUGGUUAUGUGGAGUGGUAUCCUGGAUACCCUACCUCCCAUGCUGGCCACAACGUGUUGGCUUUACUCGUUGCUAUUAAACCAACAAGGACACAAAUUGGAAUAUUCAACGUUCCCCCAAGUUUUAGCAGACCAGUUCCAUUAUGUGAAUUUCCGCUAUAGGUGGGAAAUAGCUGCAAAUCCUGCUGAAACGUUACUGCAAUAUAUGAUGUUAACAAUUGGCUGUACCGAAAAUACUUUAAUAAAACUAACCACC